CAAAGAAUGAGCAGUGGUUCACUGUGUUCCUAUGAGCAAAUGACUUUGACUUCUUACUGUAACCGGCUGUGCUUUCUGUCAGUGCCUCUUUAUUAUUGUUCUGUUUCACUCCAAGGUUUCUCAGUUGACCAGUCUUCAUGACGCAGCCUUUGAAAACCUUGCAGACGAUGAGUGCAUCUGAUUGGUCCAACCUGACCCUUCACCUGGAGGGGUCCCUGACCAGUGCGCUGGGUCAUUAUCUGGACAACUGGAGGCGUAACAACACAGCUGCAGCCAACGCUUUGGACAAGACUCUGGCUGAAGAAAACUUCAGCAAUGUCAUCUGGUAUCUGGCGGUAAUGAUUGGCAUGUUUGCAUUCAUUCUUGUGGCAAUGCUGGUGAGCACAGUCAAAUCCAAGAGGAGAGAGCACUCUAAUGACCCCUACCACCAAUACAUCAAGGAGGAGUGGACUGCGCAGGGCAAUGGUGAUGUUAUCAGCAACUUUGCAGCUCGAUAAUGCAAACAAAGACACUCAACACAGCAGAGCAUCAUUAUCAUCAAUAGCAACAUAACAAACAGAUUUUCUCAAAAUGUUUUCUUUUUCAGUGAAUUAUGCCCAUUCUUGACACAUUUGUUUUCAGAAAAAUAGAAUAAAAUGAAUAUGGAUAUUUGUCACCAUCAACACGCUGUCUGCUAUCUUCAAAAUAUGUUCAUUUGAAUUGAUUAUUGUUUGUUUUUUUCACUAGGUACUGUCAUGACUUUCUAGGACACUUAAAAAACACACCUGUGAUUUUCCUGCUAUGACAAAUCAACAUGUCUGCUGUGAAAAGGGCUACUGACAAUAAAUAUACUUACUCAAAUGAA